UCUGCUCAAGGUUUUGAGUGCGCCGGUGUCGCAAAUAUCGAGUGGGAGGCAAACCUUACGCUCCUCUGUGGAAGCAACGGUAUCGCCUAUAAGAAUGGAUGCUACUUCAACGUGGUCAACUGCGACAACAAGGGAUGGACGAUUCUACUCGAAGGCACGUGCAAUAGG